AUGAGAUAUCGGCCUGUCAUCAGCAUCGAAAAUUACACUAUAUACUGUGGCGAUGCUGAUGAGAACAAAGUAGGUGGCUGCGCGAUAGCUGUGAGGAACGAUUACAAGAACCUGGUGGAGGACUUUGGCUCAACGUCGGCUAGGUGCGCCUUUCUACGACUGCGGGAUCGCAGAGGACGUAAACUCUGCAUCGUAAGCGUUCAUGCACCUACGGAAACCGCUGAGGACAAAAGUAAGGACGCCUUCUAUGAUGAACUCAAUGCGUUGAUGUCUAAAAUACCAAGCCAGCAGGUGGUCACUGUCUGA